AUGGAUAUAAUCGCCUUUGCUGUAAUGAUAUUAAAAUUUCUGACCAAAUUCUAUCAGAUUAUCCACUUCUGGGAUAUUAAGCAAUUCUACAAUACUGCCCUAGGCAUACAAGACGAUGAUUUAGACAAUUUAACAUGGUCAGAUGUCAUGGAGAAAAUCAAGUCGGCUCAAUUGGACAUUCAAAUGUGCAUUCACAAAAGAGAGCUAACAGAAUUAGAUAUUUAUCAUAGGAUUCUAAGGCAAGAAAAUUACAUGGUGGCCAUGGUGAAUAAGCACUUGUUUCCUCCAAGAUUUAACGUACCUUUUCUUGGCGAAUUGGUUUAUUGGACUAAAACUCUAAGAUACAAUAUUCAGGCUUUACUGUUUUGGUCACCUUGGUCACCAUUCGAGAGUCCUUGGCAGCUAAGAGAAGAAUAUAAGAAACAAAAUUUAAGAAACGAACUUGCAACUCAACUGGGCCGCAAUAUUUUAUGGCUGGCAUUGAUAAAUUUAUGCCUGGCCCCGAUAAUAUUCUUAUGGCAAGUCUUAUACAGCUUUUAUAGUUACGGGGAGUUGAUUAAGAGAGAACCCGGAAGAAUGGGAAUGCGAAAUUGGUCUUUGUACUCUAAAUUGUAUUUUAGACAUUUUAAUGAAUUGGACCACGAGCUACAUGCGAGAUUGAUAAGAGCGUAUCGUCCAGCUUCGGAAUAUUUGCAAGCUUUCAAUAGUCCGAUUCUCACGAUUCUUGCCCAAUACGUGGGUUUUAUUUGCGGAUCGUUAUUUACCGUUCUUGUUGCUUUGACGAUAUAUGACGAAGACGUUAUUGCCGUUGAGAGUAUUCUCACAAUUAUGACUGUCCUAGGAGGAUUGACGGCUCUUUGCAGAUCUUUUAUACCAGAAGAAACGACCGUGUGGUGUCCGGAGCAAUUGUUAGAAUGUGUCGUUCUACAUACGCAUUACUUACCUGGCGAUUGGAAAGGUAACGCCCAUAAAUCGCGAAUAAGAAAGAAAUUUCAAGAAUUGUUUCAAAUGAGCAUUUUAGCCAUAAUAGAUGAUAUGUUUGCACCUUUACUGGUACCAUUUUUGAUGUGGUGGUGGGUUUAUCCGAGAUCUUUGGAGAUAGUAGACUUUUUCCGCAAUUUCACAGUGAAUGUAGUAGGUGUAGGUGACGUUUGUAGUUUUGCUGAAAUGAACAUAAAAAAACACGGCAAUCCUUUGUGGCAACUCGAUAGUACGAAAGCAGCCGAAGAUCAAUAUAAUCAAGCAGAAGAUGGAAAAGUGGAGCUUUCCUUGGUGCAUUUUGCCGCGACAAAUCCCAAUUGGGUACCACCACCGGAUGAACAAGAAUUUAUCGAUUCAGUACAAGGAGAAAUGGAAGGUACGAAUACAGACGCUUUAAUGUUCUCUGGCAGCGUAACCAACACAGAGAUAGAAAGACAAUUAAUGAAUCAAAAUAUGGACGACUUUAUGAAGAAGAAGAAGGCAGACAGGUCCGCAUCGGAUUUCAUUAGUGAACCAACGAGCGACGAUAAUUUAGUGGAAGAACGGGAUAUUCCUGUGACGAGCGGUACCUCUCGCGGGGGUAAAUCUGUAGUAUGGUCAACUUCCAUCGGUCAAGCGAAUCAAUUAGGCCAACCAAGUUUCGUGGCGCUGCGAGACAAGAAGAAAUCCGUAGCGUGGCUCGAAGGACCGGAUCUUUCUGCUUCCGCAGCUAUGGCUAAAAGUACCAUGGUACUUCAGCAGCGCUACGCUAAAUCUGCGACGAUGAGUAGAACUUCACUGCACGACGAUUACCAGGAAACAACUCCCUUAUUGUCAGAAAAACGUCCUAGUCGAUAA